UAAAAGGGGAGCACAACCCCGGGGAUGGCAGUGUCACAGAYAGAACCCUCAGCAUCCCCAGCUCCGCUCAGAGUCCUCAGCCCGCGGCACCAUGAAGGUCCUGGCAGCCACCCUGGUCACUCUGCUGCUCCUGGCCACCUGCUGUCCCUCGGAGGGUCACCUCGAUGGUGUCCCCACCACCUGCUGCUUCAGCUACCAGAGACAGCACAUCCCCCYGAGCCGCGUCCGCUCCGUCUUUGUCACCAGCAGCUCCUGCAGCCACCCGGGUGUGAUCAUUGUCACCAUCAAGGACAGGAAGCUGUGUGCAGACCCACGGGCAGCCUGGGUGCAGGAGCUCCUGAAGCACUUCCAGAACCCCRAAAAUUGAGAUUUUCCCUGCUCCAACCCCGGCACGGCUUCCUGACUCGGAGACACCAUGAAGGAUUUGACCCCCAGCCUUCUUCUGCGAUGGGGAAAAAUUAUUUUAUUUAACUUAUUUAAGUUAAACUAAAUAUUCUUUUUUUUUCUAAGCAUUAAAUUUAUUUAAACCGUGUGGAAA